GUUGGAAUAGGUUAAAAUUCUUUUAAACGCGUAUUUUGAUAAUGUCAUUCUUUAUCAGAAAUAAGCAAGGAAGCGGAGGAAAUAAAAGAAAGUUUAAUGGUCAUGUUAAAACAACAAAGAGGAAGAGAAAGAAUGUAAGUAAAUCUGUACCUGAAGAUAAUGAAAGUAUUGCCAGUACAGAUGAAGAACUUGCAGAAGAAAAUCAGAGAGAUGAAGAAUAUGAAAGUGAAGAAGAAGAGGAGACAGCUCAGGAAAAACGUGUAAGACUUGCUAAGAAAUAUCUUGAACAAAUCGAAGAAGAAGAAAGAGAUAAAAUAGAGUUUCAAGAAGGUGCAGUAACAAGAAGAUUACACGAGGAAUAUUUAGAAGAAAAAGGAAGGUUACGAAAAACUGUAGCCUCAAAUUAUGUUAACUAUGCUGAACCAAUUGUUCUGAAAUGUAAAGAACACAAAAAUUCAAUUACAUGUUUAUCUCUCUCUAGUGAUGGGAAAGUUUUAUAUUCUGGUUCAAAAGAUGGUAGUUUGGUCAAAUGGUCUUUGAAAGAAAGAACUAAAUUAAAAGCCAUUAAAGGAAAAAGCAAAUCACAGGAUGGAAUAAAAUGUGUACAAUGCUUAGCAGUUAGUACCGAUGGUAAAUUUUUGGUAGUAGGAGAUAGCGGUUGUAAAUAUAUCAGAGUAUUUUGUGGAAAUACCUUAAAUCACAUUAAAAAUUUGCAAGGUCAUAGAGGUAGUGUUACUGGUUUAGUUUUCCGUAAAGGUACACACACAUUGUAUUCUGGAUCCGAGGAUAGAAGUGUAAAAGUAUGGAAUUUAGAUGAUAUGGCAUAUGUUGAGUCCUUAUUUGGACACCAAACUGGUGUUACGUCGAUUGAUGCACUUGCACGAGAACGUGCUAUUACCAGCGGGGGUUUUGAUGGAACGAUUCGAAUUUGGAAAAUCGUAGAAGAAUCGCAACUUAUAUUCAAUGGACAUGGCGGUAGUAUAGACAGUGUUAAACUUAUAAACGAAGAACACUUUCUUAGCUGUGGAGACGAUGGACAAUUAUGUGUUUGGGGUUGCUUAAAGAAGAAGCCUUUGUGUUCAGUGUCAAACGCACACGGAACAGAUGAAACUAAUAACCAAUCAAUGUGGAUUUCGAGUAUAGCUACUUUACUUAAUACAGAUCUAGUCGCAUCAGGAUCACGAAAUGGCGUUAUUAGAUUGUGGCAAUGCGGAGAUUCAUUCAGAUCGUUGAAUCCGUUAUUUGAAAUUCGAUUGACAGGAUUUAUAAAUGCGCUGUAUUUUACUCCGGAUGGAACUCAACUUAUUGCUGGAGUUGGACAAGAACAUAGACUUGGAAGAUGGUGGCGCAUACCGGAAGCAAAAAAUACUAUUGUUAUAAUACCAUUAAUUCAAACGGAAAAUAAAUAGCCUAAAAUAUUUAAAAGAAAAUGAAUUGUUCAGUUGGACAUGGAAUUUAUAUGGU